UUAUGGUUAAUAACGCCCAUCGCUACGCACAGUCGGCCUGUACCAUCGUGUUAUUUCCCAAAGGAAACUGGGACGGCUCGUUUUUUAUAAAAUUAUCUAUAAAUUACUUUAAAUAGUGAUCCCAAUCAAGGAUCACUAAACGAACCUGGGAUUCAUAGAAGAAAUUAUAACCAAAAUGAGUAAGAUUAUCCCGUCAGCUGCCAAGCUUUUAACGGCAAACACGAUCACGAAAGGGGCCGCCCCAGUUGUUACGGCUAAAGCGAAAUACAGCACCAAAAAUGAAGCUACAUUUGAAAUCAAGCCAUACAAACUCCACAAACUGGACAAGGGUCCAGCAACCACAGCCAAGUUAACUGCCGAGGAUGCUUUGAGGAUGUACGAGAACCUGGCGAUGGUACGACGAAUUGAAGUGGCUGCCGGUAACCUGUACAAAGAGAAGAUCAUUCGUGGUUUCUGUCACUUGUAUUCAGGACAAGACGCGAUCGCCGUCGGUAUGCGGGAGGCGAUGCGCGACGUCGACUCGGUGAUCACGGCGUAUCGCUGCCACGGCUGGACGUACCUCAUGGGCGCCAGCGUGCUGGGCGUGCUGGCUGAGCUGACGGGGCGCCGCAGCGGCGUGUCGCGCGGCAAAGGCGGCUCCAUGCAUCUCUACGAGCGGAACUUCUACGGCGGCAACGGCAUCGUUGGGGCGCAGGUGCCUUUAGGCGCGGGCGUUGCGUUUGCGCAUAAGUACCUCGGCGACGGCGGCGUCAACUUCGCGUUGUACGGCGACGGCGCCGCGAACCAGGGGCAGCUGUACGAGGCGUACAACAUAGCCAAACUCUGGGACUUGCCCUGCGUGUUUGUCUGCGAGAACAACGGAUAUGGUAUGGGCACGAGCGUGGAUCGGUCCUCCGCCAGCACGGAAUACUACAGCCGCGGUGACUACAUCCCCGGCAUCUGGGUCGACGGAAUGGACGUCGUAGCUGCAAGGGAAGCCACCAGGUUCUGCAUCGAUUACUGCACCAGUGGGAAAGGCCCCCUUGUAAUGGAGAUGGAGACAUACCGGUACUCGGGGCACUCGAUGUCGGACCCCGGCACCUCGUACCGCACGCGCGACGAGAUCCAGGAGGUGCGCCAGACCCGCGACCCCAUCACCUCCUUCAAGGACAAGAUCCUCAGCCACGAGCUCGUCACACCUGAGCAACUCAAGGAGGUGGACAGCAAAGUGCGCAAAGAGGUGGACGAGGCCACCAAGCAGGCUAAGACAGAUCCUGAGAUCGGCAUGGAGGAGCUCGCGGGCGAUAUCUACUACAACAACCUUCACGACGAGAUCCGCGGCAUCCUCCCUGACCAACCGUUGAAACACGUUGAGGUCUCGCCGCGUUCGUAGACCUCCUUGUAAGACCUUCAAUCAACACACGACUAGAUAACGCAAUCAAUCAAUAAUACUUUAUUGUUAAACGAUAUAUACAAAGGACAUAAACAUACGAUGUGUGCUUAUUUUUAUAAGCACAAUAGGCGGCCAUUUCUGCCAGGCAACCUUUUAGUACGGUAUCACGGAUUCGAAACCACUUAACUCGACUUUGUGAGUUUGAAUUCGCGUGGAUCAUGGAUAAUUGAUAAUUUUGUAUCAUGUGGUGUCCAGGAUUUGUGUCCGGUUUAAGGCAAUAGACUUGUCCCUAUUACAUGGGACUCGAAUAUAGUUGGCGGAGAGUGGGUGUAUACUAUACACUGCUUUCCUCUGGAAAGUAUUAUACAAUAUAAUAUAACAAGGGAACGGUGCCACAUUUGUGCGAUGUUUUCGUUCGUGAGCCGUUAUCUAGUUGUUAUUGUUGAGCGAAGGUUUUUAGUUAAUACGACCUUAGUUUAUAAUCUGAUUCGCCUGUUGUACUAGCAACGCUAUUUGAUUAACUAGAAUCGUUAAAAUAUCAUAACAGUUAUAUGCAGGGUAUUAGUGACAUCGUAACGAAAACUUUGAGGGAUGAUUCAGACCAUGAUUCAAGUGGAUUUUUCCGUUGCAAAAGUUUGGAACUGAAAAAAAAAACACUAAAAUUUUCAUUUUUCUGACAGGGAAUUCCGCGUAAUAUAAACUCAGAAUCAUGGUCGGAAUCAUCCCCUUCGGUAUUCGUUACGAUGUCACUAACAACCAUACGUACUUGUAUGGCAACCUGUACGUAAUUGUAUGUGGUGUAAGUGACAUCGUAACAAAUACUGAGAGGGAUGAUUCAGUUCAUUAUUCUGUUAAUAUCAAGUUUAAUUUUCCAUCGCAAUAGAGUUCAUGAUUGAACUUCUGUCCCUAUUGAAUGAUCGGUGUUGCCAGUGUUGAUAUUAUGAAAUUUUAGUAGAUUUCUAACCGUGACGCGGACUAUAACGAAAGGUCGUUUAGAUAUAAUUAUGCCUAAACAGAAGUCGUUUCCCUAAUAUGUUUAAAUCGAAUAAUACGACAGUAAUUUCAUUUUAAUUAUAAAUCGGUUUAAUUUUAUUAGCAAUUUUGUAUUGACAGUUGUUGCAGGGGUCGAUUUAGACAUAUUAGGGUUUUAUAGAGAUUCAUUUGUAGAUAAAAUGUUUUGGGAAUACGUAUUCCGAAACGUUGUCGCAAGUGUUAGGUACCUAUCACUAGUAUGUUGUUUUAUUAAGCAAUCACUGUGGAUCAUAAAGAUUUUUCUAUUCUAAUUUGAGAAUAUUUUGUGAUUUUUAGGUGUAAGCUAAAAGUGAUACUGCCAACGCGAAAUUUUGUAUCCAUGUUGUUAUUUAUAGUCAUCAUCAUGCCCUGCACAUGUAUAUUAUUUAUUUUUAAGAAUAUAUCAUUUAUUAAAAAGA